UUCAAUCGUUCAUUUGACUGGUAGUUUUUAUAGAAACUCACUUCCCUCCAUACUCCUUGCUCUAUUCCCCCUUUUUCUCUCGCCACAAUCCCUAAAUCAAUUUAUAUCGUCUAUGGAUCAUGGAAGCCUCCGCAGAUCCCUCAUCGGAAAUCUCUAUCGACGAUGCCGAUUCUUCCACCGUUUCACCGAUCUCCGAUCAUGAUCUCUUCGCGCAACUCGAAUCUCUCCGUCACGAUUAUCAUGCUCUCCGAUCCAAAUCUUCAUCCAUGGAGGAGAGUCUGCGUCUUCUCCAGCAACAGAGAGACGAAGCAAUUGCUCAAACCGCUGCUUUAACGGAGAAAGUUCACGAGUCGUCAGUCGAGCGAGACUUUCUUCGCCGUCAAGUGGAGGAAUUCGAAGUUAUUUUAAGAGAAAACGAAGAAGGUUUUGCGAAAAAGAUCGAUGAGGAGUCUAAAGCAAAGGUUGAACUCGAGGAAAAGCUUGAAUUUUACAGAGGGAAAGUCGAAGAGUUGGAAUCGGAAACUAAAGUCAGAAAUGAGUUGUUCGAGAAAAGCUUGGAUUCGAUCUGUUCAGUGAAGGAAAGUUUGGUUGAAAUCAUCGAAAUUUUGAAUGAUGAAAAGGAAGUGACGGAGAACGUUGAUGGUAAGAGCGAGAAAAUGGAAUUAGAAGACGAAGAAUUGUGGAAUUUUGCGAGAGAAGUUGGCACGGUUUUGAAACUUGCGAGAGAAGCUAACUCGAAAGCGUAUGAGUUCAAGGAAGCAAGAAAGAAGGAGAAGAGGGAACUGGAGGGCAGUGUUGUGAGUUUAACGGAGGAGAAUCGCGAUAUCAAUAGUUUGUUGAGGAUAGCUUUGGUGGAGAAAGAGGCAGUGGAGAAGAAUUUGAAUAAGCUAAAGGGGAACACUGAGCAAAAGAGAGUGGCACUGUUACAUAUUGCAGAGCGGGGGUUGCAAAGAGUCGGGUUCGGGUUUAUGAUGGGAAGUGGAAGCAAUGAGCAAGCGACGGAGAGUUCAGGGGCCUUUACUACUAGUAUAGGUAGUAAAUCGGAUGGCAGCGAAUGUGAAGAGGAGGUUGUUAGCCUGGCCUCUACGGUGGAGAAGAUAAUGAAGAAUUUAAGACUUGAAAUUUCUCAAUUACGAAGAUCUUUGGAGGAAUCUAGGUCUGACACCGAGCGACUACAGAGUCUUACAGAGAAACAAGCUCAAAAGCUUGAAGAAAACACACUGUACAUUAAAGAAUUGGAAAACAGAGAGAUGGUUUUAGCUCAAAAUGUCGAUGAACUCUUGAUGGAAAUAAAAGAAACUGAAGCAGAAGUUGCUAGAUGGAGAGAAGCUUGUGAAUUGGAAGUAGAAGCUGGAAAAAAAGAGGUUGAAGAACGUGAGAAACUGGUUGUUAUUUUGAAGCAAGAAUUGGACAAAACAAAAACAGCUUUAGAAAUAUCCAAUGGCAAGUUAAAGUUGAAAGAAGAACUCGCAGCUGCAGCUAUAGCUGCACAGGCAGCCGCAGAGCGAUCUGUGCAGCUAGCCGACAGCAGAGCUGUCGGACUACGUGACCGGAUUGAGGAGUUAACGAAACAAUUAGAAGAAGCAGAGGGCAAAGAGAGGAGUCGACGUAAGGUGAGGCACAUUUGUUGGCCUUGGGAAAUCCUGAAAAUGAAUAUUACAAAUACUAGAGCUCAGAAUGGUAAACGCAUGCUACCAGAAAUGCAGGCCUUUCUUCAUCAUAACAGGUAACUUAUAGAUUUGCCAAAUAAACCAUACUCUUAUUUUGUCUUAAAGUUGCUUUUUUUUCUCAUGUAAAUCAUAAUUUAAUUAUAAGUUUUUUUUUUUUCA